UACCAACAACAAACACUUCUUUCCGUCAAAAAACAACAAACACUUCUUUUCGUCUUCUUCUUCUUCGAAUUGAGUUAGGGUUUAUCUUUAUCCCAAUCCAAAACCCUACUUUCCCAAUCUCGAUUUCCCUGCAUAAAUCGUACUUGCUACAACCAUGACUAAGGUCUACGGCACAGGUACAUUCGAUUUCCGGCGUCACAGAGUGGCGGAGUAUCCACUGGCAGAACCUGGUACAAUCACGGUUUCUGAGAUUCAACGUGAUCGGUUAACGAAGAUUGCUGAAUCGAACUGGUCGAAAGAUAGUGAGAAGAAGAAAGAGUUCGAUCCUGAACUUGUUCUGAAGAUUUAUAAAACGGAGUUGUUGGUGAAAGAGGGACAAGGUAAUAAACCUGUUCCUCUUCAGAGAGUUAUGGUUUUGGAAGUUUCUCAGUAUUUAGAGAAUUAUCUUUGGCCGCAUUUUGAUGCUGUUAGUGCUACUUUUGAACAUGUUAUGUCAAUCAUCAUCAUGGUCAAUGAAAAGGUUUGUUUAUUUGUUAUUAUUUUUGUAAAUUUAAUUGGUGGGUUGAUAAUUUUAUGGAUUACAUGUUUGUUUUUUGGAUUGCAGUUCAGAGAGAAUGUUGCUGCUUGGGUUUGCUUCCAUGAUAGGAAAGAUGUUUUCAAAGAAUUUCUUGAGAGGGUUAUUCGCUUAAAGGAGGGAAGAGAACUGAAUAUUGCAGAGAAGACAAAUUACCUUGUUUUCAUGAUAAAUGCCUUUCAGAGUUUAGAAGAUGAGGUUGUUAGCAUGACAGUGUUGAGACUAGCAAGUUUGAAGUCCUGGUACAGUUUAUCUUAUGGUCGUUUUCAGAUGGAGCUUUGUCUUAAUCCAGGUUUGGUCAAGAAAUGGAAAAGGAUGUUAAAGAAGGAACCUGUGAAAGGAGGACAACUAUUAGAUCCUUCAACUACAGUUGAAGUGAAGUUUUUGAGAAAUCUCAUAGAGGAGUUUCUGGAGAUACUGGAUUCACAGGUAUUUUCCCAGAGACAGUUGUCUGGUGAGGAUGAUGAAGUAAUUGAUGAAUCUGGUUUGUGGCUAAUUAACGAUGCUUGUGUCCUCUAUUGCGAGAGGUUUAUGGAAUUUCUUAUUGACCUUCUGAGUCAAUUGCCAACAAGAAGGUAUUUGAGGCCUCUAGUGGCUGAUGUAGCUGUAGUUGCGAAAUGCCAUCUGAGUGCACUCUAUAGGCAUGAAAAGGGGAAACUUUUUGCCCAGUUGGUUGAUUUAUUACAAUUCUAUGAAGGGUUUGAGAUUAAUGAUCAUACUGGCAUACAGUUGACAGAUCAUGAGGUUCUUGAAUCCCAUUACAGCCGACUGCAGUCAUUCCAGUUACUUGCAUUUAAAAAGAUAGAUAAGCUUCGGGAACUUGCUUUGACCAACAUCGGUUCAAUUCAAACACGUGCAAACCUGUCCAAUAAAUUGUCUGUUCUUUCUCCUGAGGAGUUAAGGGAUUUGAUUUGCUGUAAGCUCAAACUGGUCUCUAAGGAAGAUCCCUGGUCAGAGAGGGUAGAUUUUCUUAUUGAAAUAAUGGUGUCCUAUUUUGAGAAGCAACAAUCUCAAAAAGAAGCCAUCAAUGCUCUUCCUCUUUAUCCAAACGAGCAGAUUAUGUGGGAUGAAAGUGUUGUACCUAGCAUUAAUUACUCUGGAGAAGGUUGUUUAGCGUUACCAAAGCUAAACUUACAGUUUUUAACAUUACAUGACUAUCUUCUCCGAAAUUUUAAUCUCUUUCGACUUGAAUCCACAUAUGAAAUACGUGAGGACAUUCAGGAAGCUAUCCCCCAUCUUCUUGCAUAUAUUAAUAUUGAUGGAGAAACUGCUUUUCGCGGUUGGUCAAGAAUGGGUGUACCAAUCAAACAAUUCAGGAUCGCUGAAGUGAAACAACCUAACAUAGGAGAAGUCAAACCAGCAUCCGUGACUGCAGAAGUUACCUAUAGCAUUUCCAGCUAUAGAUCACACAUUAGAUCUGAAUGGGAUGCACUAAAAGAACAUGAUGUAUUGUUUUUACUAACUAUUCGCCCAUCAUUUGAGCCUCUUAGUACUGAAGAAGAAAACAAAGCUAGUGUGCCACAGAAGCUUGGCCUACAGUAUGUACGGGGGUGUGAAGUUAUUGAGAUUCGUGAUGAAGAACGAACCCUUAUGAAUGAUUUUUCGGGUAAGAUUAAACGAGAGGACUGGAAGCCACCAAAGGGGGAACUUAGAACAGUAACUGUAGCUUUGGAUACAGCGCAAUACCACAUGGAUGUCAAUAACAUUGCUGAGAAAGGUGGAGAAGAUGUUUAUGGUACAUUUAAUGUGUUAAUGAGGAGAAAGCCAAAAGAAAACAAUUUUAAAGCAAUCUUAGAAUCAAUAAGGGACUUGAUGAAUGAAUACUGUAUUGUUCCUAAAUGGUUGGAGAAUAUUUUUCUUGGUUAUGGGGAUCCUUCAGCAGCUCAGUGGACUAAUAUGCCUGAUCUAUUAGAAACUGUAGAUUUCAAAGAUACUUUUCUAGAUGCUGAUCACUUGAAAGGAAGUUUUGCGGAUUAUGAGGUUACAUUCGUAAAUUCUGAUGGCACAGAGAACUUGAAUCCAAGCCCUCCUUUUAAAAUCAAGCUUCCCCGGACGCUCAAAGGAAGCAAUGGUUCCCUUCCUGGGAGUGCAGUGUCUACUUCUGGUGCAGCAAACGAUGUCAAUAUGGUUGAUGCUAAUCAUCAGAAAGAAACGCUGAUAAUUGAGACAUAUACUCCUCCUGACCCUGGUCCAUAUCCUCAAGAUCAGCCAAAACAAAAUUCAGUUAGAUUUACACCCACACAGGUCGAAGCAAUUAUAUCAGGCAUUCAGCCUGGUCUAACUAUGGUUGUGGGGCCUCCUGGUACAGGAAAGACUGAUACUGCUGUGCAAAUUCUAAAUGUUCUUUAUCAUAACUGUCCUUCUCAGAGAACCUUAAUAAUUACUCAUUCAAAUCAAGCUUUGAAUGACCUGUUUGAGAAGAUAAUGCAGAGAGACGUACCUGCCCGCUAUCUACUCCGACUUGGUCAAGGAGAACAGGAGCUUGCUACUGAUCUUGAUUUUAGUCGGCAAGGUCGCGUUAAUGCAAUGCUUGUUAGACGGUUAGAACUGCUGAAUGAAGUUGAGAGGCUAGCUAGAUCUCUUCAAUUGCCAGAGGACGUGGGUUAUACUUGUGAAACUGCAGGAUACUUCUGGUUGCUUCAUGUUUAUUCACGCUGGGAGCAAUUUCUUGCUGCUUGUGCUGAGAAUAAAGAAAAGGCAACAUUUGUUCGAGAUCGUUUUCCCUUCAAAGAGUUCUUCUCUGACACACCACAUCCUGUAUUUACAGGCAAGUCUUUUGAGAAAGACAUGCGGGCUGCUUUGGGGUGCUUUCGUCAUUUGAAGACUAUGUUUCAAGAACUUGAAGAGUGCCGAGCUUUUGAAUUACUUAAGUCAACAGCAGAUAGAGCUAACUACUUAAUGACCAAGCAGGCUAAGAUCGUGGCAAUGACUUGUACCCAUGCAGCUCUAAAGAGGAAAGAUUUCCUUCAGCUAGGUUUUAAGUAUGACAACUUGUUGAUGGAAGAAAGUGCCCAAAUUUUAGAAAUCGAGACUUUCAUUCCAAUGUUACUCCAGAGGCAGGAGGAUGGUCACGCACGGCUUAAACGCUGCAUUCUAAUUGGUGAUCAUCACCAAUUGCCUCCUGUUGUGAAGAAUAUGGCUUUCCAAAAGUACAGCCACAUGGAUCAGAGUUUAUUUACCAGGUUUGUCCGUCUGGGCAUUCCUUACAUUGAGCUAAAUGCUCAAGGAAGAGCCCGGCCAAGCAUAGCCAAACUUUACAACUGGAGAUACAGAGACUUGGGAGACCUUCCUUAUCUAAAGGAGGCAGCUAUAUUCAAUAGGGCAAAUGCUGGAUUUGCUUAUGAUUAUCAGUUAGUGGAUGUUCCAGAUCACAAUGGUAAGGGGGAGACAACUCCAUCUCCAUGGUUUUACCAAAAUGAGGGAGAAGCGGAAUAUAUUGUCAGCGUUUAUAUAUACAUGCGUCUAUUAGGGUAUCCUGCCAGUAAGAUAUCAAUUUUGACCACUUACAAUGGCCAGAAACUUCUCAUCCGCGAUGUUAUAAACAGGAGAUGUGUUCCAUAUAACUUCAUUGGCCCACCAAGCAAGGUUGCUACAGUAGAUAAGUUUCAAGGUCAGCAAAAUGAUUUUAUAUUGCUGUCUCUUGUGCGUACUCGAUUUGUUGGUCACCUACGUGAUGUAAGAAGGUUGGUGGUUGCCAUGUCACGUGCUCGGCUUGGUUUAUAUGUCUUUUGCCGCCGUUCCCUUUUUGAGCAAUGCUAUGAGCUGCAACCUACAUUUCAGCUUCUUCUCAAAAGACCUGACCAUCUUGCCCUUAAUAUGAAUGAGAUUACAUCAUAUACCGAACGGAAUGCUGAAGAUCCUGGUCCUAGGCAUCAUGUACAUCUUGUCGGUGGCAUUGAGGAGAUGAGUAGUAUCAUAGAUAGGCUAUAUCAGGAAAAAAUGAGAUAUCAAUUGGAGCAAAAUGGGUCUUAUUUUAGUCACCCAGAUGCAUCAGUUGAGGUGCAAAACGGGCAGCAGCAGACUGAGGACAUUGAUAUACUCGAACAAAAAGAUGAUAUGCCGCAUGAAAGCGAUGAAGCUGCAACUGUUGAUAAAAAGUGAGGUUGUCUUGUAUGUCAAUUGUAGUCAGUCUGUGGAUAGUUUAGUGGUCACAGCUAAAAGGAAACAGUGUUUUCCCUUCAAAUUUUGACGCACUAAUGAAUUUUUACUGUAGAUUAUAUAUUCCUGAUUAAGAAUUCAAUGUUUUGUA